AUGCAAUGGCGAGCGCUCGUCCUGGGGCUGGUACUCCUUCGGCUUGGCCUCCACGGAGUGCUGUGGCUCGUCUUCGGGCUGGGGCCCAGCAUGGGCUUCUACCAGCGCUUCCCGCUCAGCUUCGGCUUCCAGCGCCUGAGGGUUCCCGACGGCCCCGCGUCUCCCGCCUCGGGGCCAGCGGACCGGCCCGGGGGGCUGUCGGGGCCGUCGUGGCUGCAGCCGCCGGCCCCCGGGGCGGCAGAGGGGAGGCGGCGGCGGGCUCCGCGGCGGCCCGGGCAGGGCGUGUGCGGUCCGGCCCACUGGGGCUACGUGCUGGGCGGCCGGGGCCGCGGCCGGGACGAGUAUGAGAAGCGCUACAGCAGCGCCUUCCCACCGCAGCUGCGCGCCCAGAUGCGCGACCUGGCGCGGGGCAUGUUCGUGUUCGGCUACGACAACUACAUGGCGCACGCCUUUCCUCAGGACGAGCUCAACCCCAUCCACUGCCGCGGCCGAGGACCCGACCGCGGGGACCCUUCAAAUCUGAACAUCAAUGAUGUGCUAGGGAAUUAUUCCCUUACUCUGGUUGAUGCGUUGGAUACCCUUGCAAUAAUGGGAAAUUCAUCUGAGUUCCAGAAAGCAGUCAAGUUAGUGAUCAACACAGUUUCCUUUGACAAAGAUUCUACCGUCCAAGUCUUCGAGGCCACAAUAAGGGUCCUGGGGAGCCUUCUCUCUGCCCACAGAAUAAUAACCGACUCCAGGCAGCCCUUUGGCGACAUGACGGUUAAGGGCUACGACAACGAGUUGUUGCACAUGGCUCACGACCUGGCCGUGAGGCUCCUCCCUGCCUUCGAAAACACCAAGACUGGGAUCCCCUACCCUCGGGUGAAUCUAAAGACAGGCGUUCCUCCAGACAGCAAUAAUGAGACGUGCACGGCCGGUGCGGGUUCCCUCCUGGUGGAAUUUGGGAUUCUCAGCCGGCUGCUGGGGGAUUCCACGUUUGAGUGGGUGGCCAGGCGUGCCGUGAAAGCCCUUUGGAGCUUGCGGAGCAGCGACACGGGAUUGUUAGGCAAUGUUGUGAACAUUCAGACGGGCCACUGGGUCGGCAAGCAGAGUGGCUUGGGUGCCGGACUAGACUCCUUCUAUGAAUACCUCUUGAAAUCUUACAUUCUCUUUGGAGAAAAAGAAGACCUAGAAAUGUUUAAUGCUGCAUAUCAGAGUAUUCAGAACUACUUAAGAAGAGGCCGGGAAGCCUGUAACGAGGGGGAAGGGGACCCACCCCUCUACGUCAACGUGAACAUGUUCAGCGGGCAGCUCAUGAACACGUGGAUCGACUCUCUGCAGGCCUUCUUCCCUGGACUGCAGGUUCUGAUAGGGGACGUGGAAGACGCCAUCUGCCUGCAUGCCUUCUACUACGCCAUCUGGAAGCGCUACGGGGCCCUCCCCGAGAGGUACAACUGGCAGCUGCAGGCCCCCGACGUGCCCUUCUACCCGCUGAGGCCCGAGCUGGUGGAGUCCACGUACCUCCUCUACCAGGCAACCAAGAAUCCCUUCUACCUCCAUGUAGGAAUGGACAUUCUGCAGAGUCUGGAAAAGUACACAAAAGUCAAGUGCGGCUACGCUACACUGCAUCAUGUCAUCGACAAGUCCAAGGAGGACCGGAUGGAGAGCUUCUUCCUCAGCGAGACCUGUAAAUACCUGUAUCUGCUCUUUGAUGAGGAGAACCCCUUACACAAAUCUGGAACCAGGUACAUGUUUACAACGGAGGGACACAUUAUAUCUGUGGACGAGCAUCUCCGGGAGUCACCCUGGAAGGAGUUCUUCUCUGAAGAGGGAGGGCCGGACCAAGUGGGAAAGUCUGGGCAUAGGCCUAAACCUCAGGAGCUGAAAGUCAUCAACUCCAGCUCCAAUUGCAAUCGGGUUCCUGAUGAGAGGCGAUACGCCCUGCCCCUAAAGAGCAUCUACAUGCGACAGAUUGACCAGAUGGUUGGCUUGAUCUGA